AAAAAGAAAACGCUCUGUACUCUGUUCCUAACUAAAAAAAAUCCCAAUUUUCCAUAUUCAACCCCCAAGAAAUCAAACUGUUUCCUUAUACGAGACGGCAGAGAACGAGAAGAGAAGGCCUCGUGGCUUGAAUCGAAACAACCAAAAGGGGAAUUCAACAAUCUCGUUCCAUUUGGAAGCCCCGGAAUCUCUCUUACCUUCUGUAAUCAAAUCUCCCUCAUUCAAUCUCAGUAUCCUAGAAAAGGACCCAACUCUGUUUUUGUUUUUUAAUUUUAAUCGGCCACUAAAACGUUGUGUGCACAGCCAGAGCAAUCAGCCAAGAGUCAGGAUUCAGCAGAAAGCGACCGCCUUUCGGCUCCAUUCCAGCACAUACAGGCGUGAUCUCAACUGGGUCCAGCUUGCUUCCGUCGAAUUCUUCCGUUUUUUUCAGAGAGACAUUGAAAUGGGGAGGUUUUGGUUUUGGUCAUGGAGGAGAAGGUAGAUAGAAACAGAGAGAGAGAGAGAGAGGCAGGGGAAGCAGAUAAUGGAAGACGAAGUGCCUGGCUCAAUGGGAACAAGCGCUAGCUUGGCUCUGAGAUUGGGGCAGGCCUUCUUCUCGACUGCUUCGCUUCUGUUCAUGUGCCUCCGCAUCGAUUUCUACAACUACACUGCUUUCAGCUACUUGGUGACAGUAAUGGGACUGAUGAUCCCAUGGAGCCUGACUCUGGUAAUGGUGGAUGCAUACUCAGUUUUCAUCAAGUAUCUGCCUCACCAGCCAAGGAUCUUGUUGGUCAUCAUUGCCGGAGAUUGGGUUUUGUCAUUCCUGUCGCUGGCGGCGGCCUGCGCGACGGCAAGCGUCACGGACCUGUUGGUGGAGGCAGGUGGAUCCUUCUGCCCGGCGAAGCUGUGCAGCAGGUUUCAGCUGUCGGCGACCAUGGCGUUCUUGUCUUGGUUCCUCUCUUUCGCUUCUUCUCUCUUCAACCUCUGGCUCCUUCCUUCUUUGUAGCACCAGCCCGCGUCAUCCUCUUCCAAUCUCUCACCAAAUGGCGAUUUAUACAUACAUACAUCUGGGUAUACUUUUGCUGACACAUAUGAUCUAAUAUUGGAGGAUUAGAGUACUAAGGACAUUGAUUUCCCCAAGCACUUCCAAAGCUUUGUACAGCUAGACGGUUCGGUUCGAAUUUUCAUCCCAAGUAUUCGAUUCGUUUUAGAUUCCGACCUUGGUUUCGGAGUUGCUUUCGUAGUCUUUUAUAGAAUAGAGUUUAAUCUUUAGAACGCCUAGUUUGACGAGAUAUGUUUGAAAGAAAAAAAAUUGUUCACAAAAACAUGUCGUCUCGACCUUAUGUUUCAGAUUCUUUUGAGUGCAUUCUUAGAAAUACCACUAAUCUCAACCCAAAACUAUGCAUACCUUGAUUCGGUAGGAUGUAAGAAGUACAUGCAAACAUAUACUACCCACCUCAUUGUUUAUUUUUAUGAUACACGAUUUCAGCAGCACAUAUGUCUAAAACUAUUUCGAUUCUCGUGAAUAUCGGAUCAUCUAUUAAAGCAGAGGAAUCGAAUGACAUGCUACAAGAAGAACCAACUCGAAAACACAUCGUAUCAACUUCCAUUUCUUUGCUCACAAACC